AUGCCUGACGUGCUCCUCAUCGACAACAUGCCAUCUACGUUUCUAUCCGUUACGGUUAUGAUGAGAGCCAACCGCAACUUCUCAGUCACCUUCGACGACAUGACGUGCAGUAUCAUGCACCACAAUCGCCACCGCCACGCUGGAUACCAAAAACAAUGUGUAUGUCCUCGGUCAAGCAGACACCCACGAGCGGUGCAACUUUGCGGCCCACGCGCCAACAAGACAAGAACGCUUAUGAAUGAGAUAUCAGAUCUCUGGCACCAACGGGUGGAACACUUCACCACAGCCGCCGUCAACCGUUGCGGCGCCAUAACUCCCAACAACUUGCGCCAACCACCAACGAAGUGCGACUGCUGUGUGAAGAACAAGAUCACCAAGAUCAUGCCACCCCAGAAGAAUAAAAAUGGCAAAUCAGAAGCCGAUCACUCCCCAUUACACAAUGUAGGGGGGUGUUGA